AUGGUUAAAAAUAAAUUUAGAAGAUUGAUUGCCAUCACUGUGCAAGACAUUAGAACAAUUAGUGGUAUAGAUUCUUCUAACAGUUCAAGCAGUUCCAGUUCUAGCAACAUUAGCAAUAACGAGCACGAUACCGAGGGCUAUUCGAUGUCACCAAUAACCUCAACGUCCACACAAAUUCCAGUAAUCUCAAAAGGGUUACAAAGGAUUUUUG